CCGGCAUCGCCUGCGACCUCCGUGACCAAGGUUCUCGCCCACAAUGCCAAAUCCGCCGCCGACAAGGAGCGGAAGAUGACCUUGCUCCAAGGCAUCAAGCUCUAUCCCAAGGCCGUCGCGUGGAGUGUUCUUAUCUCCACCUGUAUCGCCAUGGAGGGCUAUGAUAUCAGUUUGGUGAACAAUUUCUACGGGUUUCCUCAGUUCAAUGAAAAAUAUGGGGAGAGGUUGGACGACGGGUCUUACCAGGUUCCUGCGCGGUGGCAAUCGGGUCUCAGCAAUGGUGCCUACGUCGGAGAAAUCAUUGGUCUUCUUAUCAAUGGCUGGGCCUCGGAGCGGUUUGGAUAUCGUUAUACUAUCAUGGCAUGCCUUGUUCUGAUCAGUGCGUGGACAGCUAUCUUCUUCACAGCGAAGAACAUCCAAUCACUGUUGGCGGCUGAGAUCCUCGCAGGGAUUCCCUGGGGGGUUUUCCAGACGCUAACCAUCACCUAUGCCUCAGAGGUUUGUCCAGUUCCCCUACGUGGCUAUUUGACCACCUACGUCAAUUUCUGCUGGGGCCUGGGACAGCUCAUUGGCUUGGGGGUCAUCAAGAGCAUGCUAGACCGUCACGACCAGUGGGCGUACCGUAUCCCCUACGGUUUGCAAUGGAUGUGGCCUCUGCCGCUGUUUCUCGGUAUCCUUUUCGCCCCAGAAUCGCCCUGGUGGCUGGUCCGAAAGGAGCGAAUGGAUGAUGCCCGACGAUCUCUCCUUCGUCUCACCAGCCUCAAUCGGGAAACCGACUUUGACGUGGACGAGACCUUGUCCAUGAUGCUGCACACGACGAACAUGGAGAGAAAGAUCACCCAGGGAGCAACGUAUUUCGACUGCUUCCGCGGCACAGAUCUUCGCCGAACUGAAAUCGUCUGCAUGGUCUGGGCCAUCCAGAACCUCAGCGGCAACUCCUUUUCCAACUACUCGACCUACUUCUUGGAGCAAGCUGGACUGAGUUCGUCCAUCUCGUACAAUUUCGCCAUGGGUCAAUACGGUAUUAAUAUGGUCGGGGUCUUUGGCGCUUGGUUCCUCAUGACUCUUGGCAUUGGUCGCAGAUCCUUGUUCCUCUACGGCCUUUGCGGCCUCUGCACCAUGCUGAUGGUCAUGGGCUUCUUGGGCCUCGUUCCGAAGGCCCAUAAAGACCAAGCAUCCAUGGCCACGGGCUCCUUGAUGCUUAUCUGGGCUCUCUUCUACCAACUCACCGUCGGAACAGUUGCAUACUCGCUUGUCGCCGAGAUUUCUACUCGCAGACUGCAGAUCAAGACCGUUGUCCUUGGCCGAAUCCUCUACAACAUCGCUGCAAUCGUCUGCGGCGUGCUGACACCGUACAUGCUCAAUCCCACAGCGUGGGACUGGGGUAACUAUGCCGGUUUCUUCUGGGGAGGAAGCUGCUUCCUCUGUAUUGUGUAUGCGUACUUCCGGGUCCCCGAGCCGAAGGGGCGGACAUUUGCAGAGUUGGACGUCCUCUUCGAAAAGAAAGUCUCAGCUCGGAAGUUCGCCAGCACCCAGGUGGAUGUUUUCGACGACACCGUGUUGGAGGAUAGCGCUAGUGAGGGCCAAAUCCCCCCUCCCGAGAAGGGAGGGCUGAAUGAAUCGGAAUUGGAAAAGGGCGCGCGCUAUUGAUAACCCUCCGCCCUACAAGAUUUAAAUGAGAUAUAUGAUCAUAGCUCUCUUUUUUUUAUUUUUUUAUUAUUAUGUUUUGCUUGUUUUCAUGUAUAUAUUGCAUAUAUGCAUGGAUGAACGGCGUGGUUGGAUAUGGCGUGGAAUCUUUUUUUUUUUUUUUUUUUGAAUUACGGACUUAAUAUUACACUACAACUAUAAUAAAUGUACAUAAC